CGCCGCCCAACCACCCACAUCCAUUCAUCGGCAGCCAUGUUCAGGAAGGCCUUCACCGUCAAGUCCCAGGACCCGCAGCGAUCGAGCGACCGGCGCAAGUUCCGCUCCGAGCUCACCGCGCGCUUCCCAGGCCUCCUGGAUGUCGAUCCGGCAACAAGCUCUCCGCUGAUCGACGUCGUUUUCCCGCUCAAGCAGACGGCGUCCUCGGGCCUCGUGGUGAUCUCCAAGAUCACGACUUCAGGCGGCGAAGUCCUGUCCGUCUUCAGUCUCGACGGCCAGCCGGCCUUCUUCAAGGACAGCUACGGAUACAUUUAUCCAACCGUGUACACCAUCUGGAAAUCCCCGAACGCAUGGACGACCUUCACCACUCAUGAACCUGUCCUGAAGCGCCUGUUUGGCGGUGCCGAUCUGAUGCUCCCGGGCGUUGUCCGGCCUGGGGCCGGCUUUGCCUCGUUCAAGGCUGAUGAAGUCGCCGUCGUCAACAUCCGUGGAUACGACAUUCCGCUUGCGGUGGGGCGCACCGCCUAUUCCGCUGACGAAAUCAACGCGAUGGGAAAGCUGCAAGGCAAAGCCGUUGUCAUUGCACACACGUAUGGCGAUCAUCUGUGGCAAAUGGGUGAUCGCUCGGAACCACCCGAGAUUCCCCAGAACUUUGACGACACCCCCGAAGAACUCGACAGCGAAGAUGAGACAGACGAAAUCGACGAUGCAGACAAUGUUGCGCCCACAGAUGCCGAAAUUGAUCAAGCCGAUGCUGUCCAGGUCUCGGUCGACUCUGUCACCGACCUCGCUGCACAGCUCGAUGAAGUCCAUGUCGAUGUCACCGCCGAUGCCCAAGAUAACACCGUACCGGAGGAAGCCGUCGAAUCGCUUGACGACGAUGCAGUUGUAAUCACCGCGAAAGAUAUGGACGAGUUUCUUGAGACGGCCUUUCUCACCUGCAUAACCACCAAACUUGCCGAAGACCCAAAAGUGCUCCCCUUGCAUGCUAGCACGCUGUACUCCAACUACAUCAUCCCAUGUCGGUCGCUGGGCUCUAUUGUGGACAUCAAGCUCUCGACUCACAAGAAGGUUGGAAAGUUCUUGAAGGUCAUGGAGAAGAAAGGGCUUGUCAAAAUCAAAGAGAGAAGCGGCGAGACCGUUCUCGUGGGCAUCAACUUUCAGCAUCCGCAAAUCGUAGCCUUUCAGCCCCCAAAGAGGAUCGCUGGUGCCGAAAAGCCAGCAAAGAAGCCCGACAGUACCACAGGCUCGGCGCAAACUUCGACUUCCGCUCUUGCUGGCGAAACAAUCAAAACUACAGAGCUGCUCAAGCCUCACGGCGCCACACUUGCGUUCUUUUCGAACCUCGGCUUCAAGGACCGGCUCUUUACCCUCGCCGAACUGCGAGACUCGGUCGGUCAGUACAUCCAGUCGCAGUCACUUGCCGACGAGAGUAAUCCCCGGAUGAUCAAGCUCGACGACUUGCUCGGCAAUGCCGUCCGAGCCAAGGACGAGGACUUUGUGUGGCUCAAGCGAGAUGUGAUUGUCCAGCGUCUCUCCGAUCGCAUGCAACCGCAUUAUGAGCUAUGCAUUCCAGGACGUGAGCCCGAAAUUUGCAAAGGCGCCUUGGUCCCCAUGCUCGUUACCAUUGAGCAGCGACAAGGCCGGAAGAUGGUCACUCGCAUCCAAGGCACCGAGCGCUAUGGCAUCCAGCCAGACGAUCUUGCUGAGAGGCUCAAGGUCAAGUGCGCCAGUAGCGCGACGGUCAAUCCGCUCGUGGUGAAGGCCAAUGCCAAGCCGCUAUACGAGGUCAUGGUCCAAGGGUCCAAGCUCAAGGAAAUCAAGGCCGUUUUGGCGGACGAGUACCAUAUCCCCUUCACCAAGGGCGAGCCACGCAGCAGCCGAUUCGUGGACGUGGUCGACAAGUCCGGUGGAAAGAAAUAGACUGCGACCUAUCCUGGUAUUCCCAGGAGAUGCUGCUGUUUGGGACAGAACAUGUAUCUGGCUUUAAUCUAGAUAUC